UUAGAUAGAUCGUGGAAGGUGACACAAGACCUGUAUUUUUUAAAUUAUUUAUUUUAUUUGCAGAUUUGAUCCACUACCUUGCAUUAAUCAUGCCACCAUCAAAUGCAAAAAAGAAGAAACGGACAACCUUGCCAUAUCGAUUGCGUGUUCAAUUUCAAAAUCAUGAGAGUGCCGUUACAAGCUCCGCCCCUUCAGUAAAGAAAAAGACGCAGAACUGGAGAGAUAAUCUGGCCAAAAACAAUCCAAAAAAACAUGCACUAAUCAAGGAAGAUGCAAAGUUGUACAGCAGGUAUUAUAGGCUACAAACUGCAACAGCUGAAUUGACACUCAAGAACAGAAAUUUAACAGUUACAGAAAGAGAAGAAGCUGAAUUGUGGCUUAAAAGAAAAGAACGUAAUAAUGAAACAGCCAGGAUUCGCAUGCGUCGCAUGAAUGAAAGAAAGAAAGCAGAAGCUAACAAGAAAGGAAAAACAAAGAAAACACAAACACGACAACAACAUGAAAAGUCCAAGAAGAAAGAAGCCGAAAAGAAACGACAGCAACGAGCAGGAUACUCAGCUGAACGUAAAGCAGCAGUAUUAGCCAGACGCAGAGAGGUGUAUGCCCUCAAAACCCAGAAGAAAAAGAUGGAGGUAUAUGAAGAACGCGAAAAGAUAUUAAAGGAAAAAGAAGAAGAAUUGGCAGAAAAAGAAAGACAA